UAUUCGCAAUAACGAGCGACAAAAAAAUCUAUUAAUACUACGAUAUAAUUCUCAACUAAAGGUAUGUGUUUUUUAAACAUCCUAGAAAUUUAAAUUGGUGUCUGUUCGAAGAGUGACUCGUCCUCGGAGGAACGUGUGGCGCUGUAUGGCUUGCUAGCAACGCGGAGGGUGGGGACAAAAACUUGCCAGACCUCGCCCAGCCAUUGCUUUAUUCCGACGGUCAACCCGCAAGGCGCUGCGAAACAGCCUCAUCGUUACACCAGGUUUACGUCCAAGGGGGAUUCUGACACAGCUGUGUCAAUAACUUUCAUACACUAUGUUUAGGAAAACCUUAAAAAAGGACCCCGAGCUGUUUCAGAACGUGGCGGACGGGCUACGGCAGCUUUACCGGACCAAACUGUUCCCUCUGGAGGACACGUAUCGAUUCCACGAGUUCCACUCUCCUGCCCUCGAAGAUGCCGAUUUCGACAACAAGCCCAUGGUGCUGCUGGUGGGACAGUACUCCACCGGCAAAACCACUUUCAUUCGCCACCUCAUGGAGCAGGACUUCCCCGGAAUGCGCAUCGGGCCCGAGCCGACCACAGACUCGUUUAUCGCGGUGAUGCACGGGGAUCAGGACGGGGUGAUCCCGGGUAACGCGCUGGUAGUCGACCCGAAGAAGCCAUUCCGCAAACUCAACGCAUUUGGGAACGCCUUCCUAAACAGGUUCAUGUGUGCCCAGUUGCCCAACCCGGUCCUGGAGAGCAUCAGCAUCAUCGACACUCCCGGAAUCCUGUCAGGAGAGAAGCAGAGGAUCAGUCGAGGGUACGACUUUGCCGCCGUGUUGGAAUGGUUUGCGGAGCGCGUGGACCGCAUCAUCCUGCUGUUCGACGCCCACAAGCUGGACAUCUCCGACGAGUUCUCCGAGGUGAUCCGCGCGCUCAAAAACCACGAGGACAAAAUGCGCGUGGUUCUGAACAAGGCCGACCAGAUCAGCACCCAGCAACUGAUGAGGGUCUACGGGGCGCUGAUGUGGUCCCUGGGAAAAAUCAUCAACACGCCUGAGGUAGUGCGUGUGUACAUCGGCUCGUUUUGGGCCCAACCCCUGCUGGUACCGGACAACAGGAAGUUAUUUGAGGCCGAGGAGCAGGACCUCUUCACGGACAUCCAGUCCUUGCCCCGCAACGCUGCUUUACGAAAACUCAACGACCUCAUCAAGCGAGCGCGUCUCGCAAAGGUUCACGCCUACAUUAUCUGCUCACUCAAGAAGGAAAUGCCGAGUGUGUUUGGAAAGGACUCGAAGAAGAAAGAGCUGAUUGCCAACUUGGGCGACAUCUACUUGAAGGUGGAGAAGGAGCACCAAAUCUCACCUGGAGACUUCCCCAACCUUUCUAAGAUGCAGGAGAUGCUCAACUCUCAGGACUUCUCCAAGUUUGCCGCCAUGAAGCCCAAGCUGCUGGAAGCAGUGGAAGACAUGCUGGCCAACGACAUCGCCCGCCUCAUGGCCUUGGUGCGCCAGGAGGAGGCGGCGCUGCCCAGCAACUCAGUCAAGGGCGGUGCCUUUGAGGGAACCAUGAGCGGCCCCUUCGGCCACGGUUACGGCGAGGGGGCCGGCGAGGGCAUCGACGACCUGGAGUGGGUGGUGAACCGCGACAAGCCCUCGUACGACGAGAUCUUUUACACGCUCUCGCCCAUCCAUGGCAAAGUUUCCGGCGCUGCCGCCAAGAAGGAGAUGCUCAAGUCCAAACUGCCCAACACGGUGCUGGGAAAGAUCUGGAAGCUGGCAGACGUGGACAGAGACGGCCUCCUCGACGACGAGGAGUUCGCUCUGGCCAACCACCUAAUCAAAGUCAAGCUGGAGGGCCACGAGCUGCCCGCCACGCUGCCCGACCACCUAGUGCCCCCAUCCAAGCGCGUGACCACAAUGCAGGAUUAGACCUUCACUUUCUGUUUGGGACUCUCCGCACGCCAGAGAGUGACUGGGGGGGGAGGGGGGUGUUGGUUUCUUGUGAAUUAGAAGAGAAAUUAUUGUGUGAAAAAAUGCAGCUCUGGAGGAAAAAUUAAGAGACCAAAGAAACACUGGUUAUUUUCUUUUUUUUUUUGUUUCAUUUUCUGCAAAUAAAUUCUCUAAAUUAGUGGUUCUCAAACUUUUUACACCAAGCAAGUGCCACACCAAUGCAUGCAUACGGGGCUCUUCAGCUACAACCACAAUGACAAACAUUUACUGCACUGUAAAUUUCGUUUGCGUGAAAAUAUUUUCAAAAUACGUCAACCAAUAUAAAAGAUUAAAUGCAAAUAUCCUUGACAAUGAAUACUCAACUGUACUGAUUAAAAAGAAAUCAAGCCACUGUCACACAAUGUAGUUUGAACUCUUUAAUCAGAGCUUGUCUCACAUACCCCGAGAGAGCCUCAAGAGUACAAAAGAAUCACAGCUCAAAAUGAAUAUUUUGAUUUUGAAUUUGGGAGUGAUUAGUAGUUUACAUAAUAAAACAUAUUAAUUUCACUCAAACGUACCUAUAAGUAGCAAAAAGUGAUAAUUUUGCAGUGGUCACUUAAUUUUUUCCAGAGCUGUACUCAAUAAGUAAAUUAGGAGGGGGAGAGUGGAGUGAUUUUCCACGUGAGAGAAAGUUGCUACAUCCCGAACCACUUCAUUGGGUAGCGGGAUGUUGAACCUAAAUUUACACCUAUGUGAAAAAGAUGUCCUAGUAUACAUUAUAUAGUCAACAUCAUUUGAUGAUCCAAAUAAUAUAAUUUGGAGUAAGAGGAAAUAAAUCAUUUCAUCUAUAUUUUUGUAUUUCCUGGUGUUGACUCCAAAUGCUUCCAUUUUUGUUAUUUUGCCAGAUAAAUAAAAGGAAUGUUUAUCGUUUG